UGUAUUGAACUUUUUUACAGUACUGAAUAUGGCCAACAGAUGGCAGUGAGAACUAAAAUUGGAACACAUUUGCUUAAUUUUUUCGUUCUGUAAAUAAACCAACCGAUUUCUUUACUGUUCCCCUCAUCUGUAACGUAUUUUCUUUUUAAAUAUGUGGUUUGUGUAUUAUAAAGAAAACACAUUACGGGGUAUUACCGAGAAGUGGGCAGGGACUCGGUUGCGGCUGCGUGCCGCAGAUCAGCAUAAGAUUCAGAUGAGAGUUCAUGCUCAUAUUUGGUGUCCUGAAAAAAAAAAAAAAAAAAUUAUUGAGGUCGGAUCACUCUGAUCACACGCCGCCUGGUCCUCGACAUUUGAUGGGUUUCCAGGCGGCACUUACUUACAUUAAACAUAGACUACAAUGCAAAUAUCAACAAGUAGUAUUUUAUUCAAUAUUGAGUAGGUGUAGCUGCUGCUCAUAAUUUACAAUUACAAUCGUGCGCGCGCCACUGGGGACCUUUACGAACUGUUUGCACGAGGGAAAACUUGACCGGAGAAGAGAAACGUGUGCUAAAUUGGUGGGUCUGUUGUAGUCCUAAAAGAUGUGUUAAAGACUGUACAACCUCUCAGGUUUCCUUUAAGCUGGGAGAAGGUUUUGUGUUCAUUUCUCUUUGCUGUCCCGGGAGUAAAGAGAUGUCAGCCCGCAGGAGUAACGGUAGAUCGCAUCGCUCGCUGAGACCCAUUAGUAUGAUUUUCAUCCUGCUGUUUGUCAACAUUGCUGAAACAGCUGCAGAAGAAGAAGCUUUCAACGCAGAGUCGUGGCUGAGGACAUAUGGCUACCUGUCCCAGGCUAGCAGACAGAUGUCCACCAUGCAGUCAGCCCAGAUCCUUUCUAGCGCCAUCAAGGAUAUGCAGCGCUUCUAUGGCCUGGAGGUUACCGGACACAUGGACUUGGCCACUCUGAAGGCCAUGAAAAGACCUCGCUGUGGAGUGCCUGAUCGUUUUGAGGAGUCAACGGAGCGAGGUGCUCGGCGUAAGCGGUACGCACUUACUGGCCACAAGUGGGAUCAGGACAAGCUGACUUACAGUAUUCAGAACCACUCACCCAAAGUUGGCCAGGAGCAGACCAAUGAGGCUAUUCGCAAAGCCUUUCGGGUAUGGGAGAAAGUAACGCCUCUGCGGUUCGAGGAGGUCCCAUAUCAUGAGAUAAAGAAUGGCAGUGAGGGGCCUGACAUAAUACUACUGUUUGCCUCUGGGUAUCAUGGCGAUAUGUCUCUCUUCGAUGGGGAAGGAGGGUCUCUGGCACAUGCUUUUUUCCCAGGUCCCGGAAUGGGAGGAGACACACAUUUUGACAUAGACGAGCCAUGGACCUUGAACCAACGGGAGGGCUCAGGUGUGAACAAUUUUCUGCAAUCAUUUUCCUACUUCAAAGAAAAUGUACUUUAUAUUAGCUAA